AAGUGUCGUGUGAAAUGUUGUUAUGCGUAAGCAGCCUUAAAUUCACUUUUAUCUAAUCAACCAAGGAGACUUUGAAAGAAAAUCUUACUUCGAGCGUUUUCUCAUAAAAUUAACCUUGAUCCCGGGUUUAUUUGCCUUCGUUUAAAGCAAGAGAAUCAAGUAAUUUUGUAGAACGUAAUCUAAAUUUGAAAUUUGUGCAGAUAUUACGCCCACAGCCACGUUUACCGAACGAUUUUUAAAACUUUAAACAUAAGCGCACUUAUGCUCAGUCGACAAGCAUAUAGCUUAAAGAGUUAAAUCAAAUAAUAACAAUAACUGCUGACUGUUGGUUGCAAAAGCAGCCGUUUGUUUAAGCAUAUACCGCGCACCCACAGUUGCCAUCGGCAGCCGUAUUCAUAAUGGCCGACUUGGAGCGCAUAAGACUGGUUAUACUGGGCGGUGCUGGUGUGGGCAAAAGUUCUAUCAUCAAACGUUUCCUCUUUAAGACCUAUACGGACAAAUAUCGCGCCACGGUCGAGGAUCUCUUUAAUCGAGAAUAUGAUUUGGGCGGCGUCACACUGAAGGUUGACAUUUUAGACACUUCCGGUGAUAUGCAAUUUCCCGCUAUGCGCCGCCUCUCCAUUGCCACCGCCCACGCUUUUAUGCUGGUCUAUGCGUCUACGUCUGCGUCGAGUUUUCAAUGUGUCAAACAGUGUUUUGAGGAGAUACGUGAGCAGCGCGCCGACUAUCAGGAUAUACCCAUUGUUAUCGCUGGCAAUAAAUCUGAUUUGGCCAAUACACACCGAGAGGUGCGACUGGAAGAAGUCACGGACUGGGUCUACUGUGAAUUGCCGCGACUAAGAGCGAAAGUGCUGGAGUGCUCCGCCAAGGAGGAUCAAAACGUGACUGACCUCUUCAAAACGUUGCUCUCACUAUCGCGAUUUCUGCCCGUCGGGAGCAAUAAUGACGGCACAAGUGGACUGAAGCGACGCUCUUCGGCAUAUGUUAGCGCAUCGUCAAGUAGAAACAAGAAUCGCAAUGCCAGUACUUCCGUUUCCGGUGAUAAAGCGUCCAGUUUGUUCGAAGCUGCUGAUCCGAGCACCGGCAGCGGCGUUGUCAAGCUAAAGCCCAGAUCUAGGUCACUCAUACGCCGUGCUUCGCGCAAAACCAAACAGCAAAUCAACAACGCGUCCGAUGACUGUAAUUUUCAAUAAAGCAGCGGCAGGAGACAAGCGUGAAAGGUUAAUUAGGAGAAAGUUGUCUGAAAAGCGCUGGCAAAUAUCUAUAAUUAUAUAAUAAAUAAUAAACCACAGAAGCAAACGGACAACAACAGC